AUGAAGGAUUGCAAGUGUAGUCUGAGCCUAACAGAUAACAAAGGUCAGAAUGUUACUCAUUUUUCAUCAUUAGAAGGUCACACUCACUUUAUCAAACAUAUCACCAGUCAGUAUCCUCAAUACAUUAGUUUACUACACUCUACUGACAAUGAGGGUAGGAUACCAUUGCAUUUAGCCUGUGAGAGUGGUAAUAUUCAAUUGGUCACAUUUCUAAUAAAUGAUAUGAAAUGUGAUGUCAAUGCUAAGGAUACAGAUGACAGUACAUGUGUAUUAUUUGCCAGUUUCUCAGGUAAUCUUGAUCUAGUACAAUUACUAAUACAACAGUAUAAGCUUGAGCCUUUAGCUACUGAUUUAGCUGGUUUCACAACAUUACACAGAGCAGCAGGCUAUGGUCAUACUCAUAUACUUGAAUGGUACAGUCAGGAGUAUAGUGUGGAUAUUACUAAUCACACUAACAAUAACAAGUACACACUAGCUCAUUUAGCUGCUUAUGGAG